UUUGGUAUGGUUUCUAUGUUUAAUUCGUGUUAAAUAUCGUCUUUGGAUAUGAAUUAUGGUCUUAUAUAAAUGUUUAUGGUAUUUGAUAGGUUUUGGAGAAAAGUAUUGAUUUAGAGAAGAGUUUUGAAGUCGUGAAGCUGUGUGAAGAGGAAGUUGUGCACGUCUGCCGUGCGGUGUGCCCAUUCUGCCUGGGCGUGAAUUGAUUGCAUGGAUUGAAGGCUAAAGUGCCGAAAAGAAAGACAUGCUGAGCCACCAUGUUUGAUUUGGACUGAUUUUAAGUUAGUUAAUUAGCUAGUAGUCCACUAGUUUGUUUUUGUGGACUUUAUAUUAUUUUUUUUAGUUGCCUAUUUAGACUAGGUUAGUAGGUUUUGAUUUUUCCUUAGUUAUAUAUAUAUUAGCUAGAGAUCAAUUUGAGGGAGACUUUGUUUUUUUGAGAUAUCAUACAUAUUCCAGACGGCAACUUUGAAGCAAAUUUGUGGAUGCAAAUUUGGAGUUCUAAAUUCAAGUUUUAUUCCUUCAUCUUUCCUUUGCAAUUAAUUAUUUAUUUUGUUUGAUUUAUUUUUAUUAUGAGUUCUAGCUAAAUUUCUAUAUUCCGGCAUUGAUUAGGGAAGCACUAGCGAAAUUAUUCUGUGAGAUCUAAUUGUUCUUAUACUUUAUUUUUAUGCUUGCAUCUGCGAUUCUUCAUGUUUAAUGAUAUUAAUUGUUUUAAUCCAUUAGAUAGUUGCAAAUAUUUAUUGGGUUAGAAUUAAUUAUAUAGCCAAUUGAACCGGCCAUCCGUAAUUGUGGUUUAGGUUUGAUUAGUGGUAAAUUGACACAUCAGGGUCAAGGGAAAAGCAGUCUUAAUUCAAUAAUCCUGCGUCAGAGUUUAUUGGUUUUGAAUCGGGUUUCUCUAGAUAUUAAUGCUAUCGGCUCAUUAAAUCUAUAGAGCGUCUCUUACGGUUGUCAGUCGAUUAGGGUAGUAAUUAGUGAAGCGUCUUCCUGGUUACCGAAUAAUUAAGGAGAAAUAAGAUCACGUCAGAAGCGUCUUCGGUGAUUAUAACUGGUUUGUUUGCAUGAUUUAAAGUUAUUUUUGCAUCGAUGAUCGGAAUAAUUGAGCUAGGGUGGACUUAAUUGAUUGCUGGAAUUCUUUUAUUAAUUGUUGGAAUUUUUAUUCAUCUUUUGAUUAAUUGGAAAAAUUGGUUUAUUCGGAUUUUAUUUAUUUAAUUUUAAGUUUAGUAAUUUCCAUAUUUUCUUCUCAAAAUUUCGUGGUUACUUUGCAGACUUUAAUUGGAGAAAUUCUCGCCAGUCCCUUGGGAGACGAUUUUGCUUACUGCUGUCUGCGCAGUGUGGGCAUACCGGCUGACUGCCGGAUAUUUUUGGUGUAAAACGACGCACCAAAUUUUGGCGCCGUUGCCGGGGAUUGGUUUUAAGCAGGAUUUUACUGAUUUCAGUCUGUCUUUUAUUUUAAGUUAUUUUAUUUUUAGUUUAUGCCCCGUUCUUCUCGUACAGGCGUAUUAGUUUUUGAUCCAGAAAUCGAGAAAACCGCACGAAAGUUGAAGAAGCAAGCUAAGGAGUGGAAAAAGAAAUCCAAUUCUGCUCCACCGAGUCUUGAGGAUCAAAAAGAAAUUGAAGAUCCAAUGGGUGACCGUAACAAUAGGGAUGAGGAGAACGAUAGAGAGAUCGUUGAUCCUCGACAGGAACCACCUCAACUGAUCAGAGAGUUAGGCCGUCAUAGAAGCAAUCGCCCUUUGUGCAUUGUCCUUCCUGCCAUUAAUGGCAACGCUGAAAUACGGCCUGGUUUCAUUCAAGUGCUACCCAAAUUCGGUGAUUUACCUGGAGAGAGUGCACACAAGCAUCUGGCUGAAUUUGAUCUAGUUUGCUCAACUCUACGCCCUCAUGGUUUUACUGAAAAUAAUUUGAGGCUAUUGACUUUUUCUCAUACUUUGCAAGGUAGAGCGAGAGAUUGGCUUUUUGAUCUUCCUCCUGGUUCGAUUAGAACUUGGGGAGAUUUAGAAGAACAAUUCUUGCGAAAAUUCUUUCCUGAGUCCAGAGCUGCAAAUUUGAGAAUGGCCAUUAGCAGCAUUAAACAGAAGAAGGCGGAGAGUUUAGCCGAUUAUUGGGAGAGAUUCCAACAGCUGUGUCGCAAGUGUCCUGAUCAUGGAUUUUCUGACUACCAAUUGCUUACUAACUAUUUUUAUCGUGGUAUGUCUUCUUUUGAUAGGAAAAUUGUUGACGCUGCUUGUGGUGGAAGCUUGACCAAUAAAACUUUGGACGAAGCAAAGCAACUCAUCGUUGACAUGGUUUCAAAUGGCCAACAAUAUGAGGAUGAGGAUGAUGAUCGUUAUAGGCCAGUGCAGAAAGUAGAAGAUUCCAACAUGAACGAGAGAAUUGAUGCUCUCACCUCUUUAGUUAGAGGACUUGCUGAUAAUAAUACUGAGCAAGCGUGCAUGGGAUCCGCUGAUGAGCAAGAGAUGAACGCACAAAGGCAAAGGCGAAACGACCCUUUUUCCAACACCUACAAUCCAGGGUGGAGAAAUCACCCAAAUUUUAGGUGGAGACAGCAGGAACCAGGGAUGUACGCGCCGAAUCCGCCGCAGGCUGGACAGUAUGCCCAUACCGCACGUCCUGCACCGAGUUCUGCACCCAAUAUGAGCGAUAUCAUGAAGAGCCUCGCCCAGAGCAGUGAAAUUGUGAAGAAUUUGGUGCAAAGUCAGCAGGCAUUCCAGCAUGAAACCCAGGCAGCGUUGAGUAAUAUGGGCACACAAAUCACGCAGUUAGCCACUCAGGUGAACAAGCUGCAGGCGAAUCAAGGCCGACUUCCUUCUGUCACGGAGAUGAAUCCCAAGGAAAAUGCAAGUGCUGUAAAUACAAGAAGUGGGAGAAUUCUAGCUGAGCCACAGCCUAAGCAGUAGGACAAAGAAAAGCCC